UCCAUGUCAAAUCCUUCAUGUUUUCUUUCACUUUACAGUGGCGUAUAUUUUGCGGGGAAUAAACAUUAGUGUUUAUUUUUGUGGAAGACCAUUUUCCAAAUUUUCUUUAGGAGGAAAAAUGGAAAUCGCAAACGCAGUGGGGACUACUCCUGGAGUAGCCCGCAAUCCGCGGAUUAUGGAAGGAGUAGGAGCACGGGUAGUCAGAGGGCCUGAUUGGAAAUGGGGAAAGCAGGAUGGCGGAGAGGGCCAUGUAGGCACAGUCCGAAACUUUGAAUCUCCAGAUGAAGUCGUUGUAGUUUGGGACAACGGUACCGCAGCUAACUACCGCUGUUCCGGCCAAUACGACUUAAGAAUUCUCGACAGUGCUCCUACUGGCGUGAAACACGAAGGUACCAUGUGCGACACCUGCCGUCAACAACCGAUUUUCGGCAUUCGAUGGAAGUGUGCCGAAUGUGGAAACUACGAUCUGUGUUCUGUGUGCUACCAUGGAGACAAACAUCAGCUGAGGCAUAGGUUUUAUAGGAUAACUACGCCAGGGAAUGAACGGGUUUACCUCGAGACAAGAAGGAAGACAAAGAAAAUUGCUAUUAGAGGAAUUUUUCCUGGAGCUAGAGUUGUUAGAGGGGUAGACUGGCAAUGGGAGGAUCAGGAUGGAGGGAAUGGAAGGCGUGGAAAGGUUCAAGAAGUUCAAGAUUGGUCCGCAGCUAGUCCUAGAUCGGCAGCAUACAUAGUUUGGGACAACGGUUCCAAAAAUUUAUAUAGAGUUGGGUUCGAAGGAAUGGCGGAUUUGAAGGUGGUAAACGACGCCAAAGGUCAAAACGUCUAUCGCGAUCAUCUACCUUGUUUGGGAGAACAUGGUCCCGGAAGGAAUGCUCCACCUGGAUUAAAGAUUGGAGAUCAGGUCAACGUGGAUUUAGAACUGGAGAUUGUACAGUCAUUACAACACGGCCAUGGAGGUUGGACUGAUGGCAUGUUUGAGUGCCUAAACAGUAUUGGAACUGUAGUAGGCAUCGACGAAGACCAUGACAUUGUAGUAGCCUACAAUAGCGGCAAUAGUAGGUGGACUUUUAAUCCAGCCGUGUUGACGAAAGUAGCGACUCCAACGAACUCUGCCGGUUUUAACGAAACCCCUCAACAACAAUUUGCAGUAGGGGACGUGGUUCAGAUCUGCAACGACAUGGAAAGAGUAAAGAUGCUGCAGAGAGGACAUGGCGAUUGGGCGGACGGCAUGGCAGCUACACUGGGUAAAGUCGGCCACGUGCAACAAAUCUACAACGACAACGACCUGAAAGUAGAAGUAUGUAACACCACAUGGACCUACAACCCCUUAGCAGUGACCAAACUGGCUAGUAAAGACGGUACCAUGCAUGGAACCACGUCAGGUGAACGAUUGAGUGCGCUGCUGAAGAAAUUAUUCGAGACCCAUGUAUCUGGUGACGUUAACGAAGAAUUGGUCAAGUGUGCCGCGAACGGCGAUUCACAGAAGUGCGAAGAAGUGUUGAAGCAAAGCAAUACAGCUGGAGCUGGAAUAGGUCCUGACGUAAACGGAGUUUUUGCCGGUCACACAGCUCUCCAAGCCGCCAGCCAAAACGGUCAUCUCGAAGUCAUCUCGGUGCUUCUUCGUCACCACGCUGAUGUCGAGAUCGAAGACAAAGAUGGCGACCGAGCUGUCCAUCACGCAGCUUUCGGAGAUGAGCCUGCAGUGGUCCAGCUGCUGGCCCACGCCGGAGCUGAUCUCAACGCUAGGAAUAAACGAAGACAGACUGCGCUGCAUAUCGGUGUGAACAAGGGGCAUAUAGGCGUCGUCAAGAUGUUGCUGGAUCUGCAGUGUCAUCCUAGUUUACAGGAUCUCGAAGGCGAUACUCCUUUGCACGACGCCAUAUCCAAGAAACGUGACGACAUGUUAACCCUUUUACUGGAUCACAAUGCGGACAUAACGUUGACGAACAACAAUGGAUUCAAUGCCCUUCACCAUGCGGCUCUUAGAGGAAAUCCUAGGUGAGAGAAUCUCUCUAUUGUGCUUUCUCUUUUUUAUAACUCGGCACAGUUUUUUUAUUGAAUUUUAUAGCCCAGUCAACAAGGUAAGAUUGCAAAAUAGGACCAGUUGUGUAAUUUGAGCGAACUUUAUUCUUGAGGAAUCAUAUUAUUAGAAGUAUGUAUUGCAAAUAGUACCCCCCAAGUACAUAAUGCAUCCCUGAAGCCGAAUUGUGUGUUGGUCAAGUAAUCUUCACACUUUUAUGUAAGGCUCAUGACUCACAAGAUUUAUUAUUCGAUAAUCUUCACAUUUUUUCGCAUUGGGUUUUUGUUUACUUUGGUAUCUAUUAGUGAAGAUCAAAAUAAGUCUUUUUACCGCUUUUUGGCCAUAAUUUUCAAAAAUUUUGCCUAGAAGUCGCCUAGCCCUCCGGCUUUUCCCUGCUGUUCAUAUCGGCUUCCGUUUCUGCUUCAAUAAUAGGUGAUUCGAUAUCAUCAUUUUUAGUUUGUGUGAUAGUGUCCUAUCGUCUUCAAAUAGUGUUGUCACAUGGUUCAUCUACAAUGCUUUCUUGGCCUGCUGCUUCCUUGAUCCCAUUGUGGAGGUUGAACGAAUCGUGCUAACUGUUCUUAUAGAAUUCUGUUUUUAGCUUCUCUGAGAACUUUUCUUGUAGACGCUGAUAUGCGGCGUAAUAUUUCCCAUUGGAUUCCCUUUUUCUGUCAAUCAUCUGUAAAAUACUGUCAGCCAUUCAUGUUUUUUUUUCUGUAAUUUUCGGUCUUAGUUAGGGGUUUAAUAUUUCUCUACCAAUGUUUUUAAGUUGUUUAUUUCUGUUUCAACAUAAUUACUUCUGAAUCAGUUAAUGAUUACAAUCAUUAACUAAUUCAGAUAUUAUGUUGAUCUCCAGGUAUUCUUGUAAUUCUUCUUCUUCUUAUAUCUUAUUUUGUGUUAUUAUCUCUUAUUUGUUUGACGUUAUAGUCCGACAUAAUAUCUGUCAUAUCAGGGUAGGUUUUUACUGCUGUUAUUGAAUUUUUUAAUCUUUUGUUUACUAAAAUAUAGUGAAUAUGAUUUCUUAUGUGAUUUUCUAGCAAGUCGCCGGGUGAUCGCAAUUUAUACAACCUUCUGUUUGGUAAUUUGAAGAAUAUAUUGGUGAUUACUAGCUCUUUGGGUUUGUUGUAGCCAUCAUAUGUUUAUGUUAUAAGGGAUAUCUUUAAUGUAGUGGUUUGUCCUUGCCUUAUACAUGCUUACAUAAUUAACCUAUUUCUCGGUUUAUCCGCCUUUAAGGUCAGUUUCCAACCCUAGGACAAAAGAGUGACCUACUACCUACUAACUCAUCUGCUUUAAGUCGUUGGUCAUUAAGUUCAAUUCUUUAUCGGCUCAAUAUUCGAGUUUUUUCAAGUACUGCAUUACUUUGUAUAUUUUUGUGGCCACUAUCUCAGUUUUUUCGCACACAUUUUCAAUGAUUAGUCAUAGCAAUGAUUGUCAUUUAGAGCAUUUAGGACAUGGCCAAAUUGUUAGUAGUAGUUAGUAGCGAUAUUCUGUUAUAUAAGGCUAGAAACGAAGAUUUUGGCGAUUUUGUCAGCUCAAAAUACACAAUUGCUCAAUAAAAAAAUGUUGGAAAGGUAAGUUUUGAGGUAAUAUAAAUGAUAUUUUGAUUAAAUCUAAUCUUGUUAUAUUUUUUGGAGAUGUGGAACAAAUUAAAAGUAUAUGUGUGGAUCUUACAUAUCAAAGUGUUUUGAACAAAAAAAUAUUGUAAUUUAUUUCUCAUAUAAUAUUUUGUCACAUUAAUUUGACAUUAUCAUUUCUUUGGUCUAAUAGUAUAUGUGCAGAUAUGAAUUUUAAGGGGGUAGGCGCAACAUCUUGGUCCAAUGCUAUUUAAAUGCAUUCGUUUUUUUUAAAUCCUGAGAAAACUAAUAAAUAUUUUUGAAAAAUUUAAACACAGAAUGAAAGAUUACAUUACUACCGAGGGCCAAAAGCCCAUUAGUAUAUAAAAAAGUGUCUUUUGAAUGAAAUAUUUGAAAUUAAAAAUCACACCAAACUUUCUCUUUUUUUACCCCUGUAACUUAUUAAAAUAAACAUUAUAGAAGUUUUCAGGGACUCUAGGCCCUCAGUAAUAAUGUAGUUAUUCAUCCUGCGAUUAAAUUUUUCAAAAAUACUUAAUAGUUUUAUGAGGAUUCGAAAAAAAAUGAAUGCCUUUAAAUAGCAGUGGACCAACAUUUUGCGCCUACCCCCUUAAUAAAUAGCUUCUUUAUUUCAGAGGAUCGAAAGUGAAGAAUAUUUUAAAAGAUAUUAUUAAAUAAUCAAUAUUGUCUUACAGAUUAACCAUGAUGUGAAACCUGGAGUAACGUAAGUAGAUAUUUUUUCUAGUAUUCUGGUAUUCUAGGAAUUUCUGGCAUUAGGAUUUCCUCAGGGUUUCAUAGUGAACACUUCUGCAGCCCUCUACUUAAUUCGUUAGCUACUUUGCUAAUAGAGGAGUGCAUAUAGAUUUUCACUUCGGAAAAAAUCAAACAAGAUAGAACUUUUUGUAAUUUCAUUAAGAAAUGUCUAAUAAACAACAUAUCAAAAAGUUCUACUCGAGAAGUGGGUGCUUCAUUUUUUAUUAAACAAAUGAACUACGAAAUUAGAUGUUUUUUUAAAUAACUCCGAAAAUAUAAAUUUUAGAAAAAACUGACUUGACCAUUGAAAAAUUUAGAAAAUUUUACAAAAAAAAUCUUAUAUAAAGAAUUUUCUAAAAUUAAAUCUGUAUCUUCUAUAAUUUUUUAUUUAUAACGCUAAAGUCACCCUUCUCACAAACAUUGGCGCACUGUAAACUAGCGUACGGCGAAGUGCAUGGUUGAGUUAUUUUAAUGUAAUUCUUUAACUAAUGGAUCAAAUGAAAUUUUACAAAUUGAACAUGAACGAAGAAUAAUUAAGCUAUCUUAUGGUUAUAAUAGAAAGAAAUAAAAUGUAUGGUCAUAAGUACGGUGUGGGAAAGUGAGCCUUACAUGAAUUUUGUUUAAAAAUGAUUUAAAAAUGUGUAACUAAUACAAUUUUUCUUAUAAAACUCUCGAUUUUGCACAACUUACCUUUCAAGCAUCUUACUAAAUGAUGUUUCAUUCAAAAAAAAUCUCAAAAAUUUAAUUUAAAUGAUAUGACGUCUCAAAAAUUAUAAAUUUUGAAAUCUUCGUAGUUUUAUAGAAUUACCACCAAUUUAAGACGGUAUUACUCAAGUUUGAACAGAUCUAUUAAAGUUUUAUAAGUGCUUUUUUAAAGCUUAGGAUGUAAUCUUUAAAGUACACUCAAUUAUUUUACUUUAGAAAGGAAAUAAACUAUUUCUUUUUAAGCAAAUUUAGCAAGAUAACAAAAAUGUAAUACAAAAACCGAAAAUUAAAAGCUAAAAAAAUGUUUAUAUACAAAGUGAUCAAAACUUUUUUCUGUAAAACUUACCUAAAAUACAUUUAAUAAUAAGCUUCAACAAUACUAAAUGCUCAGCAAAAAAAAUUUUUAGCUCUUAUACAGUAUGUCCGCGUAACUUGGAACCUAUUGAUAACUUUUUUAUUAUCAGUUUUACGAAAAAAACUUAUUCUUUAUAAAAUACUCCUAAUCGUAUGUAAUCUAAGAUGCAAUCAUCAAAUAUCAAAUUUAAUUAAUGUUAUACGAGGUAUGUCAAAAAAUAUGAAUUUCACUCAAGAGUAAAGUACCUUUACAUUUCACAAUAUCGAAAAUUGUUAUUAAGAAAAGUUGUUUGGAAUUAAAAAAUUUGUUUUAGUGUUCAAUUACAUCCUUCUAAUUAAAAUAUUGUGAAUAAUAAAGGCACUUAACUCUUAAGAAAAAUUCAUAUUUUUUACAUACCUCGUAUAAAAUUUAAAAAGUUUGAUAUCUGAUGAUUGUUUAGAUUUUAGACCAGGGAGAUCGUUUUAUAAAGAAUAACUUUUUUUCGUAAAAGUGAUAAUAAAAUAGUUAUCAUAAUUGUAAUAAAAUGAUGAUGAGUAUCCGUAAUUUGAGAAAAAAUUGAAUUUUUUUUUUAUUAGAAUAAUGUAAUUGUAUAUUUAGACAUAGUUUCUUAUUUCAAACAACUUUUCAUAAUAGCGUUUUUUGAUAUUUUGGAAUAUAAAGGUACUUUACUCUUUAACGAAAUUCAUAUUUUUGACAUAACCCGUAUAAAAUUGAUAAAAUUUUAUAUCUGAUGGUUGAGUUUUAGAGUUUUGACUAUCCAGAGCAUUUUAUUAAGAAUAACUUUUUUUCGUAAAAUUGAUAAUAAAAAAGUUUUCCAUGUGGUUCCUAGCUACGCAGACACACUGUAUAAGACUUAUGUAUAAGAAUUUUUAAAUUGCAAUGCCAUAUUCGGAUUCAGCAUAAUCAAAAACAAAAUAGAAACAUAUUUGAUCAAAGUAAAAUAAUGAAUUUAUCGAUAUUUUUAUGCGAGUAGAACUUUUUUACUUUAACAUGUAUAUAAACUAACAAAAAAAGUUUUAGAAAUAUAUAAGCUUGUUUGAAUUUUUCCGAAACAAUGCAUGUUUUCGAUCUAAUUGCACUCCCCAAUAGUGAUUGUUCGAGUGUCGUAUUUUCGUAUUCUUUGGUCUUAUUCUACUCCUUUCAGGAACAUUUGUACCGGGAGAGUAUUUUGUAUUUUGACAUUAAUUUAUAAACAAUAUUUCAAAAAUGAUUUAUUUAUUAGGAACGGUGUUCGGAGCACUUCAUAAGCAAGUAAUGAAUGAAGAAAUUCUGUGAAGAAAAGACCGCUUCUUUGCUGGAUCGAUAAUGUUAAAACAGAAUUGAGGUGGCUGGGAAUCAGAAGAUCGCAGGACGGUGAUUGACGAUCGAUCUUCUUGGCAGCAGAUAUUUAAUAUAUCAAUUAGCAAGCUGCGUGGGAUUUCUCUGUCCAUUUGAUGAUAGAUUCAAAGUGAUGUAUUAGUCCAUCCAGGCUAGUUAAACAUUGGUUAUUUUUAUUAUUGCAAAUAAAAAGAAGUUAUUUUUU